UUAGCUUUCAGAUUUCACACCGAUGGAUCACAAUCAGAGGUCAUCCGACCAACACAACCUCCUACCAUCACCAUCACCACCCUCGUCACAACUCACCGCCAACACCACCCUGACCUCACCCAGGCCCAUCCAUCAUCACCAUCAGCACCCCAGCCACCAACACACCAACAACCUACUAGUACGAGGCAAGCCCGAGCUCAUCAACCUCAUCCCUGAAGAGACGGAGGAGGAGAAGGAGCGUGAGAUGGCCCAGCGCAAGACGGCCAGCGACCGGGAACGUACCCGUAUGCGAGACAUGAAUGAUGCGUUUGAGAUGCUGCGCGCCAAGUUGGCCCAUCGCAAGCAACCAGGCAAGAAGAUGUCUAAGAUCCAAGCUCUUCGCUUCGCUAUUGAGUACAUGUCCGAUUUGGAGGAAACACUGACGAUGACGACACGAUUGCCUGGUGCAGGAGGAGCGUACUAUCAAUGGGCCAGAACCAGAGGCUUCAUUUGGGCCAGAGAAAAGGCUAAACUACCGGAGUACCACAAUCUGCCACAGCUCAGCACCGACGGCAACGGUAAUUGCCUCUCCGUUAGCGAGCCAUCGCAGCUCAUGUGCCCCGUACUCAACGUCGAUUCGUACGGUGGGGUAGGGCCUGGCGUUCCCGCUGGGCCAUCGAUAGGACAAGACGUUAGCUACUCGUCCACUGGUAUGCAGUACUCAAUCCCAUCUCCGAAUGACGUCACGCUAAGACCGUAGCUUACUGUAGUGAUCUCUAUUUUGAAUUUACAAAAAAUGCCAGCGAAAUUUGUAUGAACACUGCUCUCCUGUUGUUCUUCAACACAUUCGAUUUUGCUGUCUUAACGAACUUUUAAUUCGGAUUCUAUUUUGACGAAAACAAAACCACUUUUUUUUUCUCCAUCUCAGGCGUCUGCAACCAUAUGAACAAAUGUUCAAUUUGGAUUGGUUUUGCGUCUUUUUUUUUAACACAGAAAAAAAGCUUGAAUUAGUGUUUUAUGCUGCCAAUAAUUGUAAAUUUGUAAAGUCAUUAUCACAUAACACAACGCGAGCGUAUUUGCAUUCGAUGAAUUGGUGUCUCGGUGAAAAGUGAACAACUUCGUAGGCCUUUUGUUGGGACAAAAAUAGGCCUUCCAGUUCCAAUAUUUCGCACUGAAACUCGAAAUUCGCACGGGGGAACUCCAGUGCACAUACAUGUAGGCUAGGUAGGCCUAAUUACUAAGUAGUACUUUACUAAGUAGUAUGUUAUCAUGUGUAUGUCAACGUUUCUACAAUGGAAUUUGCGUCGGGAAGAUGGUAUGUAAAUUUAAUAUUGGUUUUUGCCAUUAGAAAAUACGUCGGUGAACAUCGGUGAACAUCGGAAUAUACGUCGGAGUCAACGUCUCUGUCAACCGAAGUUGUAAACUACAGUAUGUCCCAAAAAGUGUCAGUCUAAAUAUUGACGAUCAUUAUCGAGAGAUCUCUGGUGAGAGAUUCUACACAGGAAUGAGGCAAAUUAAAUAACACUCAUAGAGAUUUUGACAAAGAAUUAGUAGUAUCACAACUACAAUUUUUAAAUUUACUUCGUGGUUUUGUUAUUUCCAAAAUGUUUCCAAGACCAACACUUUUUUUCUGGGACAUACUGUAUAGACAGCUUGCAUUAGGCUUUAGACUUUUAACAGUCAUUUACUCUAUUGUAUUUAUAUUGACGAUUUUCUUUGACCAAAACUGCUGGUUUUGUGAUAACCGUUGGUAUAGGUAAUACUGCUGUUAAAAAAUUGUCUUCUGUGAUCGAGGUUUUCAUCAUGGGAUGAUGUGGCCAAAGUAGUAUUGUCUUGGUCGUGUUCCUGGAAUGCAAAACAAAUGCUGCAUUGUAUGUAUUGCAUUCGAUAAAAACAAAUCUUCUGAAAGGGUAUCUGCCAAUUUUCGUCACAAAGUACAUAGCAAAGUUCUAAACUUCAUAUAGAGGUGUAUAUAUUGAUUGGAAUAAAGAUAUAUGGUACGGUAGUGGUUGAUAGUUAGUGUAUACAAACUACCGACCGGUAGAUACAUGUAUGUUGUUAUAAAGUACACAAUGCAUUCUUAUUGGCAGAAACCUCCCUACUGCUGUUUGGUGUAUUAUAGAAAACUUUAAUUUCCCUCUGGGAAUGGAAUGUCUGUCAAUACAAUGAUUGAAAAUUAGAAACACAGUGAAAACUGUUGUUGACUUGCUUUAUUUCCUAUGUCGUGAAUUAUUUCAUUUAGAUUUACAGGAAAUGAAACUUAAUAUGAAUGAUACAAUGUUCGAAGUCAGGUUCCUUUGCAACCAAGGUAAAAUUUAGGAACUUCAUCAAAAGUGGAUUAUAAAUGCCAAACAAUAUGAGAGUACUACUCAUAUAAAAUACACCACUCAACUAAUACAAAUGUA